UGAAAAAUAAAAGUGCCAAAGUUUAAGAGAAUGUGGUGUAAAACGCGACGGUGCAUCCUAUAAUUGAAACUGUAAACACUCCCAUAAUUUCAUCUCGUGCACCUCAACUAUCCACGCCAUUCUCUCUCUCGCUCUACAAAAUCCGUUAUAUACUCACUUUCUUUCUCCAACUGUAAAACUUGAAGAUAUUUAUAUGGAAUGUUGCCGAUAAACCCUACCUCAAUUGCUCCCCUUUCCAACCCUCCGAUUCUCUCAUUCCCGCAAUUUCUCUCCCCAUCCUUCGUUACCUUCCGCUGCCGAGCCGCCGCCGACAACGGUCUCCCGCGCUCCUGGUUCAAUUCCGCCGCAGCUUCCGACGCCUCCGCAGUCGGAAUUGGCAAUACUUUACCGGAUAACGUAGGCUCUGGCGCUGCUACUGGGAGCAGUAAUAGUAAGAACACCAAGGUUAAUGCGAAAGAGAGAUGGGCGCGAGAUCGGGAGAGCUAUAUGACCGACGCCGACGACGCGCUGCCGCUUCCCAUGACUCAUCCCAAUUCCUCCCCCGUGUCGCCGGAGGAAAUCGAUAAGAGGCUCAGCUGCGAUCCUGUGAUUGAGGAUUGCAAGCCAAUGGUAUACGAAUGGACUGGAAAGUGUCGUAGUUGCCAAGGAUCUGGUUUAGUCAGCUAUUAUAACAAGAGAGGAAAAGAAACCAUCUGUAAAUGCAUACCUUGUCUUGGGAUCGGUACUAUUUCCUUUUUUCCUCUUUCACUCUUUCUUUUUGUUUCUCAAUCCCCUGCCCCCCACCCUCCUUCAAGUUGGCUAUUUUUUGUUCUUCUACUUGGGAUGGGAUUUUCGUGAUUUCAUACCAAACUUGGAUUACGAGCUCAUACAAAUACGAAAUCCAAAUAAAGCUAAGAAUCCCAGCAAAUUCCUAAUUGAGAUUGAGGUAGCAUAGAAUCAUUUUUAGAAGAAAUGUGAAGCACUAGGUUGCUGUCUAUUCUACAGUGACAGAAAUUGGUUGGGAUUUAACUUACUGCCUAGGAGAAUUCUGCUUUACGCACUUUUGUACUCCAUUUAUAAAAGCACAAUAUAGGUUUGACAAAUGCCAAAAGGCUCUUUUGGAAUGAAAAAUAAACAACAGGCUUGUUUUGAACACAAGGUCUUGAUUGUAUUAGCUACGUGUAAUUCUGAAACAAGUGAGGUGAGGAAUACUUCAAGGUAAAACUAAUGAAAGUGCACAGUAUUGUAAUUCAACUUAGGUUACUCCUCUAUGCCAUGAUGGCCAUAUCCUAUAUCAUAUUCAUUCUGUGGACAAUUGUUUCAUAGAGCACGUGUCACAUCACUUCUGGAUUAGGAAGUCAUAUCAUGCUUUGCUCUUAUUCUUUUGUUGAGAUCUUUUUACCAGUAGCACUUGAUUUCAAAUUAUACAGACAUUCCUUACAUUUUCCAUUGGCAUUUUUCAUGCAUGCUAUUAUCACCUUAGAGAUUCUUAAGAGUUAAAACUGCUUUCACAAAAUAGAACAUAGAUGUGACAGACAGACCACAAUGCAGAGACACUACAUUACUUUAUUAAUAAUAUUACACUUUUGAUGUAGAUAUUUGCUUUAGAUGCUAUCUAAUGCAGAUCUUCUGUUAGCAUGAGGAAAUUGUUGAGUGUAAUUGUGCACCGGCUUUUCAAUCAACUCUUCAGUCUCUCUUUUAACUCAUUUAAAGGAUCAGAAACAUGAUCUUUUUCUUUCAUCAUAGCAGGAUUUGUACAGAAGAUAACAGCGCGGGAUGAUAUUGAGGUGAUGGAGGACUUGGAUAAUGGAAAGCCAUCUUGAUCGAUAUGCACCGCAUAUAUCACUUUUUUCCUAACCCCCGAGUUCCUUUCCACAUUCUUAAAGAUGCAACAUUGUUGCAGUUUUUCAAUAUUAUUGGUCGUUAUAUUCUACCUAUUUUUUUAACAACUUUUGAAAAGUCAAGAGAAUCUGUAUUGUAUUUACUAUUAAGAAGGAUAAACUUGCAAGAAAAGGAAUGUUGUGGAAGAUGGAAUCAAGUAAACACAUAUAGCAGCCACAGAAUAAGAAUCUCUUUUCAUCUUUUUACAGUUUCCCACUUUCUGUGUCCUUUCUUGUACCUAAGAAUCUUGAUUAUGUGAUUUCUAAGUAGUCCAUGAAUAAAGUUAUUCUGCGUUAUCAUUCAA